AUGUUCGAGUGUACCGAGUGCGGGAGGCGAUAUGCCCGUCAGAACUCCCUCUCACGCCAUCUACAUAAUCACCGCAAGUCCAAAGGGCAUGCCUGUUCCGAGUGCAAUGUUGUCUUCUACCGCCGGGACCUGCUGUCGCGACAUAUGAAACUGCAUACCCAGUCCAUCCCCAGCACCCGGCCGAGCCUCGAAGGCUCUGUUGCUAAUACCGAAGGCCACCACAGCCAUCGCAAACGAUGCCACACGGCUUGCACGCACUGCCGCACCCUGAGAGUCAAAUGUAGCGGCACUUUGCCGUGCGCAAACUGCCUCAGCACAGGGAGGCACUGCGACUAUCAGCACUCUGCUGGAAGGAUCAGCCACCCACAGGGGGAGCUGGGCGACCCCUCUCCUGCACCUGCAGAUGAACCUGAACCUGUACCCCCCCAGAGCAGCCCCCAGAAUAAUGUGACGUUCUCCUACAAUGAACCCACUGCCCAGUACCAGACGCUGCUCACUCCUGACAGUGCCCUUCUUGCCUCUUUUCCGGAUGCAGAGCCCGUGGCCAGUUCACCAGCACCAGGAGGCGGAACUGAGCCAGCUGCUUCACCCUCGGUCGCCGGCGUGGGGCUCGUGACCGAGGUCGCGCAACCGCAUAUCAUCGAUCUUGCGGAGCCUUUCCAGGACAACCCGAUGCUAGAUCUUGAUAUCCUCCCUUGGUCGUUACUUCAUGAGAACCUUUAUCUACCAAUGGAGUUUGAUUUUGUCACAACCACCUCCUUUCUCGAUCAUUCAGCACAAUCUGAGCAGCUUCCGUCAGACGGUGCUGUUGCGGACGCGAUGACUAUAAGACAAGCAGGGAUUUCCCCGCCUCUUUUGUUUGCUGAUUCCGCUCAGAGCGGCCCUCAUCCUGAUUACUCAAUAAAUGCGAUAUUAGAUACUCCAUCACCGCAUCGCCUUGUCCGAAAUCUUAUCGCGUAUGGUCUUGAAACUCACCAAGGGGCGACGCAAUCAGCCGCGGCGCGCGAUCACUCGGCGUACUGGAGGAGCAUCUCCAAUCAGGUUGCCACUGCGUUUCAGAUCUUCUCUGUGCAGGAUCCAUCUACUUUAUUGCACCAUCUUGCCGACUUGUACUUUGCAAAUUUUGAGCCCCUCUGGCCGCUUUUCAGCCCGCAGAACCUGCACAUCAACCAGCUCCACCCACUGCUCUUCCUCGUGCUCACCUCAAUCGGAGCCAUGUACGGGGACUCGGCCUGCAGCCACUACGGGACAAUGAUGCACAACCAGAUCAGGGUCUGCCUCGCCGGCCCUCUGGAGCUUGAUGACACCGAUGGCGAUUUUACCUGGCUGAUCCAAGCCCGCUCCCAUACCAAAGUCGCCGCCCUGUAUUUUGGACAGCCCAAGGCCUUUUCAUUCGCUCAGCAUCUAGGUGCCCUCAUUGUAGGCCAGGCCCGACGAAUGGAUCUCUUCUCCUCCAGUUAUGCAGACGCCUGCCAGCGGCGCCUCUUCCAAUCCGGAACACCUGUAUCUGAUCAAGAUCGCCAGGCACUGUGGCUGCACCUAGAAGGCAGGCGGAGGCUGGCGUUUGCCAUCUUUCGUGCCGAAACCUAUACGAGCGUCCUGCUGCAGAAGAAACCCCUGCUCACAAUGCAGGAUAUGCACCUGACUCUGCCAUCCUGCGAUGCCGUAUGGGGCAGCGAGAAAGUGCCCGCCCGCCUGUGUCUGGAGAUGAUCAAGCAUGACCGCACCCCGAGUCGCCACUUGAUGGCCUCGGACAUUAUCCACAUUGCGCUCGAGCAAGAUGAGCCGCUUCCACCCCUCGACCCGUCCGCAUACGAGAUGCUCCUGUUUGGGCUGCAGUCGUGCAUCUGGCGCUUCUCUUCUGACCCUGCCAUCUUUCGCCGCCUGACCGGGGCGUCUACCGGCGACAACAUGUGGUCCUGUCCGACAAUCGCCCCCGGCGAUGCACAGCACCAUCGUCGACCGCCGCCGCAUGAGCCCAGCACAGCAGCUCCAGCCCACAGCUUCGGAUACCCUGAACUCCACAAUCUCCGCCACAGCUCGAGAAAAAUGCAAGACCUCUCCAACGACUACACGAGGCUCCUCUGCGCGCUGGAGAAAUGCGAAGCCGCGCUCCCGCUCGUCCGUGCCUUUGUCUACACAAGCCGCGACCAAAUGAGCCUGAUGAGCAGUUUGAUCCUCCUCCACCUGGGUCAUCUCCUACUGUACACCCCCAUUGACACCCUGCAUCAGAUCCAGUAUCUGAUGGCGGACGGGAAGAGGCCCGAUCCUGAUCUCUUGCAGCCGGCGUACGAGUGGGCGAACUCGCCGGGGGCCCACCGCGCCGCGAAAAGAGCAGUUGCCAUCUGGUCGCUAAUUGCUAGCGCGUCUUCGUCCUUGUCUUCCUCCUCAUCCACCUCGUCCGACCCCUCAUUAGCUGCUUCCUCUUCUUCUUCUUCCUCCUCCUCUUCUACGCUCGGGGGUGGCGACGAGCAGAUUCUCAAGUUCAACCUCGUCGCGUUCCUGGGGCUGCAUCAUUCUGCUGUGCUUCUCUGGGCGUACUCUGGAGCCUGUGAGUCUCUGGGCCCAGGCACAAUAGGGGAAGAAAGAGGAGGCGGAGUGGCACAGACAGCCACAGACACACCACCGGCUGGCAAUACCUCAUUAUCGCGAUCGCUUUCGCUAUCGCUUCAUGCCCCGCGGUCCCCUGCCGAGACUCCCAUCCUAAUCCACCGCAGGAAUGCAGCCCGGGUGCUCGAGUGCUUUGUCUGGGCGUAUACUCUCAUCAGCCCGUCGCGUUGGUCAUCUUUCGCGAAAGCGGCCACGGCCUUGUCCGAUAUGGCUUUUCCUAGUCGUAGGCAGGAAUAA